AUGGUUACCGGUGGAUUUUCCCCUUCAUGGUUGUAUCUCAAAUUUUUGUCUGGUUGCAGAAUUGAGAGUUCGGAAUCAGUUGUUCGAGUCCACGACCCUAACAUCCAGUUUGGUGUUGACCUUCCUAGUUUGCCACCAGUACCCAUUGCUUACCAGUCGGUGAAGCAGUUGUCGAUCAAUAAAAAGGUGGAGCAAGCUCGAGCUCGGUUUGAGAAGUGGAUGCAAAAGAAGCAGUCGGGUGAGAGUCUGAACGAUGAGGAGGAGUUGGAUGAGGAAAUACGUAACCGUGAGGAACUCCGAUAUUUCGAUCCAGAGUACUUGAAGGCUCACAGUCGUCGAUGGCGGGAACGUCGUUGGGAUGACAAUCGAGCUGCUCCUUACCACCAUCGGCCGGGCGACGAUCGUGACGACGACGAUUACUAUAGACGACGAGACCACUACAGACGGAAAGACCAAUAUGGGCGAAGAGAUUAUGACGACCGAAGAGACUACGAGGACCGAAGAGACUAUGACGAUCGGAGAGACUAUGAUCAUCGGAAAGACUAUCGCAGAGAACAUCACGGCCGCAGUUGGGACCGUAGGGAGUUUGAUAAAGGAUACUAUAAGCGCAGCUACGAACGUCGAUUGGACGAUUACGACAAUAGGGAUCGCGAUUCCAAGGAUCGCGAUUCCAAGGAUCGCGAUUCCAAGGAUCGCGAUUCCAAGGAUCGAGAGUAUAAGGAUCGAGGGUAUAAGGAUCGAGAGUAUAAGGAUCGAGAGUAUAAGGAUCGAGAGUACAAGGAUCGAGAGUACAAGGAUCGAGAGUAUAAGGAUCGAGAGUACAAGGAGCGGUAUCACCGUAGCGAUGACGACAACCGUAAAGGUCCCCCAGAGAGCCGUAGGGCAUCCGACAAACAAGGCGCGCGUGUUAAUAGCAGAGCCAAAAUGGUGCGGAAUGACAGCCGAGAUUCAGACGAAGGCAGGAGGGAGUCGGUCGAGCACCGGAAUCGGGAGCAUGCCGAGGUCACGGCUACCGAAGAUGCGGCGGGAAGCUUUGAGCACGGUACUUGUAUCAAAGAGAGUAAGGACGCUGAACACGACUAA